AUGAGAACCUCGGUCCUCUUCCUUCUAUCUUUCGCCAUUGGUGCCUACAGCGCAGCACCCAUCAUCAGCUCCUCAAGCACACGUGCCGUGCCGAACAAUUUCAUCGUCGUUCUCAAGCCAUCGGUCUCCAAAUCCAGACUCAUUUCUCAUCUGGAGUUCGCAGAUGAUGUACUGAGCGCACGAGGCGCUGUGAGGAACUCUACAUACGAAUUUCCUGGAUUCAGAGGAUAUUACCUCCAGGCGCCAUCCGACGUGGUGGCAUACAUCGAAGCAGAUCAAACAGUCACGGUUACUACGGCUUCAAAAUCCCACACACAUCUUUCACGGAGAGUACAGACAAAUUCACCUUGGAACCUUGCCCGCAUCUCGCAUCGGGUACGAGGUAGCGCGGAUUACGUGUACGAGCCUACGGCGGGUACUUACGUCUACAUCCUGGACACGGGAGUGAAGGUCACCCAUCAAGAAUUCCAACGCCGAGCUUCAUUUGGCUUCAACGCUGUCGGAGGCUCGAACGAUGACAUCAACGGACACGGCACUCACCUCGCGGGGAUAGUGUCUAGUCAAACCUAUGGCAUUGUACGAUUCGCUAGCAUUAUUGCAGUAAAAGCCGUGGGGGAUACGGGAUCUGGCACCGUCUCACAGGUUAUCUCAGCAAUCAAUUGGGCGGUCCAGGAUAUGCAGACCAAAGGACGGGUGGGAAAAGCAACCGCGCUUCUUGCCGUUGGCGGAGGCUUCAGUACGGCCAUGAACAAUGCGGUUGCUAAUGCAUCCAAUGCAGGUCUCAUGUUCGCCGUAGCCGCAGGUGGUGCAGCCACCACAGACAACAGUUCGCCGGCUUCUGAACCCACAGCAUGCACAGCAGGCGGGACCACUAGCGCCGAUGCAAGGAUGUCUUCCUCCAACUAUGGACCUACCAUCGAUAUUUGGGCACCAGGCGAUUCCAUCACCUCCUUAUGGGCCACAAGUGACACUGCCACAAAUAUUUUAUCUGGCAACUCCGUGGCUGCGGCUCACAUUGCAGGUCUCGGCGCCUACUUUUUGGCCCUUGAAGGACCAAGGACUGCGGUGGCGCUGUGCGAACGGCUGAAGGAGGCCGCCACACCAAAUGUGCUCUCUGGCAUUCCUGGAGGCACCGUGAAUCUUCUUGCAUACAAUCUCAGUGGACUUUGAAUAUGUGUCGAGAAGUAUUCGAGGUGGACAGAAGAAGGGCGCAGAAACCAACUGCGGCCAUGGACAGAUCGCUUGUUUCUAUUUCUUCGUCAGGACG